AUGAGCAGAACGAGAAAGAAGAACAGGAACAAGAAGAAGGAGAACAAGAACAAGAAGAACAGGAAAAAGAAGGACAAGAACAAGAAGAAGAGCGAGAAGGACGGGAACAAGAAGAAGAACAAGAAGAAGGAGAAGAAGAACAAGAACAAGAACAAGAAAGAAGAACAGGAAGAACAGGAACAAAAAGACGAAAAGGGCUUUUAG